AUUGUAUAAAUAGGAGCUGAACGUCUUUGGGAUCGUAGUCAUCGAGAACCUGUAGAUCUGUUUUGUUCCGACUACGCUGUUGACCAUGAAACAUCAUUUUUAUUUACUGUUGUUCUUAGCUUUAGUGUCGGUUGAAUUGUCGCAACAGCAUGGAGUUAAAGGAGGCAGCUUCAGCGGCAGUUUCAGCACUUCUUCGGCAGGAUCGCAAUCGUCGUCUUUUAGCAGUUCAAGUUCAGGUUCAUUCUCUGGUACCGGUUCUCUUAACGAAAUUGGUGCCGGUUUGAAGGAUUUGGUUGGGAGUUUAGCCCACGCAGGAGCUGCGGCUGGUGCCGUGGGUGGUGGAGGCGGUUUUACCGGUUACAAAACGACUUCCGGUGGCGGCGGAGGUGCUAUUAGUGGAAGUGGAAGUUUUGCGGGUGGUUCAAAUGGUGGGAGUUCUUGUGGACUGACUAAUAAGAAUUGUGAGUCCGGGUCCGGUCUUGGGGUUGGUGGGGGCGUGGGAGUUGGCUCUAACGUCGAUGUUGGAAGUGGUGGCCCUGGUGGAGUUACCUGUGCACUUGGGGAUAAAUCGUGUUCAAGUUCAAGUGGUACUGCAACUGGCGAAAUCAGUACUGCAACAUCUAGUACUUCGGCUACGCCAGGUGGCGAAGUUUUGAAAGGACUUUCUGGUACAGACGAAGGUCCCAAUCGGUCUGUUUCUCAAAGUACUAGUGAUAAUAACGCCAUCAGUGGUUCAACUGGAGUUACUGGUACUUUUGGCGGAACCACAAAUGUGCAGCCUUUACCAUUAAAUCCAUCUAAUGAAGGUGGUACUUUUGGUCAAUCAAACAGUUAUGGGGGAACUACCAGUACUAGUUCUUCCGGUAGUUACAACAAACCAAGUGGAGGGUACGUCCCUACUCCAACAUAUCCAUCCCAACCUUCGGUACCUUCAUAUGGUCCUGGCCCUACUUUUGCAAAACCACCUGCACCUACCUACUAUCCCAACAAACCUUGCGGAAGUUACGGAGGGCCAGGGUGUGGAACAUCUGGUACUUUUGGAGGAAUUGGAACUGGAUUUCCUGCUAAUCCCACGGGAACUGGAACUGGAAGUUACAAAAAACCUUGCUGUAAGGGACCAUUCCCUGGACCUAAUGGAAGCAUCCACGAGAGUAAACCAGCUAAUUCCGUACCUCCAGUACCCGGCAUUGGGAGUCCUGUAGUAACAGGAGGUGCUGGAUUUGGCGGAAGUAUUAGUAAUGUGAAACCAACAUUUCCUGGACCUAGCGGAAGCAUCCAUGAGAGUAAACCAGCUCAUUCUGUUCCUCCAAUUCCCGUGCACCAUGGAGGCGCUCCCAGCUAUCCUACGGGAUCACCCGUGACUGGUGGCUACUAUCCGACAGGAUCUCACGUAACUGGUGGUAGUUAUGGUACAGGAUCCCACCACGUAACUGGAGAUUAUUAUGGUCACGUUCCUGUCCCAAGUCACCCAUCAGGUGGAUCUAAAGGACCAUGUUGCAAGGGACCUUUUCCAGGACCUAACGGAAGUAUCCAUCAUAGUAUUCCAGCAUCUUCCGUUUCUCCAGGCGGAUCUUUGCCAGUAGCUGUCGGAAGCAUUUCCGCUAAUAUUCCUUCAACUUCGAUAACUUCUACAAUAAAUGCCGGAUCUCAAGCUACAACUCAAUCCGGAAUUUCUGGUUGGAGCAAAGACUAUACUGCAGGUAAUGGAUACACACACUAUUACACUAUUCCAAAACCGUCAAUACAUCUACACCCGCCAAUCACUGGAACAGUUUACACAAAACCAGUUGCUGGAUACCAUCCGUUAAAUCCCGAUUUCAUCUUCGUAGGAAAAACAAAUUUAGAAACUUCUGGCUCACCAGCUGCUACAGAGGGCUCAGGUUUUGCAACGGGGAGCGUAACAAUUCAAAAACCUGAUGGAACUUUAAAAACACCUAUUUUUGAUUCCGAAAAAGACAAAAUUUCACCAACGCCUAGUUCGGGUGCUGGCGUAUUUGGGCAAAAACCUGCAGAAAACGACAAACCUUCAUCGUUUGGUGUCUCCGGAACAUCAACAAGUGUAUCCUCUUCAGAUGCCAGCUUCACAAGUCCACCUGCUGGUACUGAAAAACCUGAGACAAAGCCUGAAGGAUCAGGCGCUUCUGGUAGUUAUGGUUCUUCCAUUUCUGGUACCGGAAGCAAAUCUGAUAGCGGCUUUGCUACUGGAAAUGUUGAAAUAAUCAAAUCUGAUGGGACAAUUACCGGAGGAAAAGAUUCACCCAGCGGUGAAAAUGGCGCAACUAGCGGAUUUGCCACUGGAAAUGUGCACAUUUUUAAACCCGACGGUACCACUGGACCCGGCUUUUCUGGAAGUUAUGGAGGCUCAAUUUCUGGUUCUGGGAGCAAAUCUGGUGGUGGUUUUGCAACUGGAAAUGUUGAAGUCUUCAAACCCGAUGGUACCGUCACUGGAGGAAACGAUCUAGCUGGAGGAACCAAAGCUACAUCAAGUAAUUCCGGUUCUAACACUGGAGCCGAUGGUUUUGCCACAGGAAACGUCCAUAUUUUCAAGCCUGAUGGGACAGUAACCGGAGGAAAAGAUGCUCCAGGUAGUUCAAGUUCGGGUUCAGGCUUUGAUGGAAGUGCAAGUUCUGGAGGUGACGGUUUUGCCACCGGGAAUGUCCAGAUUUUUAAACCCGACGGUUCGGUUACCGGCGGAAAAGAUGGUGGUGCUUACGCAGGAAGUGGUUCUUUUGGAUCGUCCGGGAACUGCGGGAUUUGCUCCGGAGGUGUGAAAAGUCCAGUUGGGGGGGCGGCUGGAAGUGGAAACUUUGGCGGCUUUGCAGGUUCGCAAAGUGGAGCUUUCGCAGCAUCGGGUUCUUUAGGAGGAGGCGGUAAUGCAGGAACAGGUUUUUCCGGAUUGCUUGGAAAUUUGUUUGGGAAACAUGGUUUGGGUGGGAAUUUGGGAGUGUCAGGAGCUGGCUCUUUUGCCAAAUCACAUUCAUUUGCCGGAAGUUCAAGCUUUGCAGGCGCUAGCUCUGGUUCAUAUACAGCGGGACAUUAUUAAUAACUCUUAUUUAAUUAUAUUUUUUAUCUGUGAAUAUUAUUUUUAUAAGUAACUUUUUAUUGUAUGUGAUUUUUUUAAUAAAUAUGAAAAAAAAUAA